AUGACCGACCUCAAAACCCGCCUCCAAGCCUCCUACGACGCCAUCGCGCCCGCCUACAACGCCUGGGCCAUCAGCAACAGCGCUCUCCGCCUGCGCUUCCUAAACCGCCUCCUCGAACUCCUCCCACCCCCUUCCCAAAACUCAACCUCAACCACAACCUCCAACGCAGAACCCAACAACAAUGCCCCCACCCCAACCGUCCUCCACGCCCUCGAACUAGGCUGCGGCGCCGGCAUACCCAUAACCCAAUCCCUCCUCCAACACCAACCCCACACCUUCCACAUCACCGCCAACGACCUCUCCAUGGCACAAAUCGCUUUAGCCCAAGAAGCGGUCGGCAUCAACGGCGAGAUCACAGCAUCCGCCGCCGGCCGCACUGGCGACAUCUGUAGCGAAGUAACCUGGAUCCAAGGGGACAUGAUGCAACUGCAAUACCCCGACCAAUCCUUCGACGUGAUCAUCGCUCUGUACAGCGUCAUUCACCUGCCGCGGACGGAGCAGGAUGUGUUGUUGGAGAGGAUUGCGCGGUGGUUGAGGCCCGGGGGGUUGGUGUUGGUGAAUUUUGGGGCGGAGAGUGUGGAGGAGGAUGUGAUGGAGGAUUGGAUGGGGCAGUGGAUGUUUUCGAGUGGGUGGGGGGCGGAAGUGGCGUUGGAGAAGGUCAAGGGGACGGGGUUGGAGGUGGUAUUGGGGGUGGUUGAGAGGGAGGAGGGGGUGGAUGCGGAGUUUUUGUGGGUGAUUGGGAGGAGGGUGGUUUGA